AUGGCUCUACAACGUGUCGACCAUGUGGCUGUAAGCCUUGAUGCUCCAAACACCGACCCCUUGCAAGGAACCAAGUACGACUUCAAGCGGGAUCUUGUGGGAUAUGGGAGAUCGUCGAUUGACCCUCAUUGGCCAAACGGUGCGAAGAUUGCCGUUUCGUUCGUCAUCAACUACGAGGAAGGUGCUGAAAGGUCUCUACUGAACGGUGACGGUCAAACCGAGAGCGUUCUCUGGGAACAGACUCAUGUUGCAGAGCGUAUUGGCUCCAGAGAUCCCAAAAUUGAAAGCGACUACGACUAUGGCUCUCGAGUCGGUGUGUGGCGCCUGUUGAACAUGUUCGAAAAGCACAACAUCCAGACCACGAUCUACGCCGUGGGCCAGGCACUCGAGAAGAAUCUUCCACUCGCCAGGGCAUUUGUGGAAGGCGGCCAUGAGAUUGCCAGCCACGGCUACCGUUGGAUUCCUUACCACAACAUGAGCCCCGAGGAAGAAAAGGCUUACAUGCACCGUCAGAUGCGAUCCUUGAAAUCGACCACCGGGGUCUACCCUGUUGGCUGGUUCAUCGGGCGUUGCUCUUCGCACACCAAGACCCUGAUACACGAAGUCCACGAAGAGUUUGGGGUUCCUCUACUUUAUGAGUCGGACUGCUUUUCCGACGACCUGCCCUACUGGGUCGACGUGCCCGCCGAGGAACAUGUCCCUCGACCACCGAGAAAGGGGAUGCUCAUGCUCCCGUACACAUAUGACAACAAUGACCUCAAGUAUCAAAUCGCCCCCGGAACGUGGGGUUCUUCGACCGCCUUUCUGGAUUACCUCAAGAGUUCCUUUGACGUAUUGUACGCCGAAGGUCUCGAGGGUCGACCGAAGAUGAUGACCAUAGGUCUUCACUGCAGAAUCAGCGGCAAACCAGGUCGUUUUGCUGCCGUCGAAUCCUUUGUCAAAUACGUCCAACAACAUGCUCAUGUAUGGAUCACCACUCGUAAAGAGAUUGCUUCACAUUGGCACACGAAUUUUCCAUACACGAAAGGCACGGAAGGUGUCGAGCAGGAUAGUGAGGAGCAACACCAAAACACAGAAACCAUUUUUUCAGCAAGAAUUUAGAAGAAGAAAAAGUAGAGAAAUUUUAAACGGGUUGUUCAAGCAGGGAACCCUUUUUAAAUGUUUUGUGUUGUUGAAGAUUUUUCCAAUUCCCUUUUGAUCAUGUCGACACCGGCUUCCAAUUGAUCAAUGAUUAUCAUCCUUU